UUGCAUUUACAUUGAAUGUUGCAGAGCAAGAUGGCUGCGCCCUGUGGAAGGAUGGCCACCCGGUCUCUCUUACACUUUCUGUCUUUUAGCAGGACAGCGGUCGGGGUCACGGGCUUUCGGCAGUUUUCCAGAACGUCUGUUAGUCGGGCGACUUCGCAGACCCAAAGCCUGACGGGAAAGGCGAGUUCUCCGUGGACUUUGAUGGCAGCCGUGUGUCUGCAGAGGCUUCCGGUCGUGUCCGCGGCCUGCAGCCCGACGGAGCAGCGGUUCAGAGAGAUGAUGCUCCAGCUGGAGCUGGAGAAGAGCCUGCUGUCGGAGCACGAGCUGCGGCUGCUGGAGGACGCGGAGAGGAUGAGUCGGAAGCAGGCGGACGACUACGACUCGGACGAAGAGGACGAGCGGGGGGACCAGGAGAUCGUGUUGGCUCAGGACCUGGAAGACUCCUGGGACCAGAAGCUGAAGAGCUUCCAGCCAGCGCCGAGGGUCACGGCUGAUGUAGAUAAGGACUUGUCCUCGGUGGAGCGCUGCCUGGCCACCUCGCUGCUCCUCCUGGCCCAGCAGCAGGUCGGGGGGGAGAAGCUGUGGCUGCUGCCUCAGAGCCAGUGGCAGGACGGGGAAACGCUGCGGCAGACGGCCGAGAAGGCCCUCGCUUCCCUGCCAGCAGCUGCUUUCAAGGCCACUUUCCUCGGCAACGCCCCCUGCGGAGUGUACAAGUACAAACUGCCCAAAGCUGCUCGGACGGAGAGCUCGGUGGGAACAAAGGUGUUCUUCUUCAAAGCCAUUCUGUCAGACAGCGGCCCCCCCGCAGCCCCAAACGCUCCUUUUCUGUGGGUGAAGAAAAAUGAACUGCAGCGUUACCUGAAACCAGCAUACAUGAUGAAGGUUGACCGCUUCUUCCUCGACCUGUGACCCCUAAACACUGAGCAGGGACACUGACGCACCCAGAAAGCUUAUGUCUUGUAU